GAAUGCCUGAGUGUUGUUGUCUUCCAAUGUUUCCUUUCAACCUCGUCUCCCCGCUGCCCCGCGGAGGGCAGUAUCACGUGAUGAGCCCACAGCUGACUAACCCGACUUGACCCGCUCUGCGCCGUCUGUGAUAACCCCAACCCUAUGGCCUGAGGCUUAUAUCAUUCCCUCCCUGGGUACCUAAGGUACAGGACAGUUACGUCGAGAUCGCGGACAUACAGUACCUAGGGAGGAGAACCAAUUGUCCAGCCCAAGGGAUCAACGGGCAAUGAUCGCAACGGUCAAGAACCGCGUCAAUUGAACGCAUAUAUAAUCACAGAAGAACCCAUAAGGCAUCGCUUGCGCAUUGAACGCCACGGUCGAUGUUGGCAAUGCCGAUGCCCUAGCAAGAUCAUCCCGUUGUCGUCGUCUGGUAACAAGCCCAGACAUUGAAGCUCCCAUCACCCAUCGUACACAUCCCCCACAAGAGACCAUCCCUGAACAUGAGUGGAAACCCACGCCAGCGUAAAGCUCCUCGAGGAGACGGGCCAUCGUCCGAGAAGGUCACGGAGAUCGGAUCAUCCCAUCACAGAGACGACUCGACGGAGACUCCUUCACAAGCCGUCAUCGCUCUAGACAUCGCCCGCCUGAUAGUGGGCCUACUCCUCGUGAACGUCCUGCUGAGCUACUUCAUCACGGGCGACAGUUUCACAUGGGGAUACCGAGCAUGGUGGCUGCGGCCCCGGACGAUCUAUCAAUUCUUCAGCACCCCCGUCAUCCUGACCGACGCCGAACUCGCCCGAUACGACGGCCGGAACGAAUCCCUGCCGAUCUACCUCGGCCUCAACGGCACCAUCUACGACGUCACCGCCGGCCGGCUGACGUAUGGCCCGGGAGGCCCAUACAACCACUUCGCGGGGAGAGACGCCGUGCGGGCGUUCGUCACCGGCUGCUUCGACGAGGAUGGCAAUCCGGACCUCCGCGGCGUGGAGUGGACCUAUGUGCCCAAAGACGUGCCCCGGUACGAAGAGAAAUCCGACGAGCAGUUGACCGUCGAGGAACGGGACUACCGGGUGGCGAUGGUGGCGCAGGCGCAGGAGCAGGUGGCGGGCACGGUGCAGGGCUGGGCGGAUCUCUUCCAGGGUCGAUCGGGGAAGGAUUAUUUCGAGGUCGGGAGGAUCCAGCGGGCGGCGGAUUGGGCGGAGCGCGAGCCAAUCAAGGAGUUGUGUGCGACGGCGGAGAAGAUGCGGCCGAGGACGAACCUCCAGGGAAACGACGCCGGCGCCAAAUAUCGCGGCGGCAAGAAACGCCCAUGA